UACGCUUGGUUGUAAUUUGGAUUAGUGUUGUCAAGAAAGAAAAACGAAAUGUUGCAAGAUAUAAUGACGUACAUAGCAGACCCGUCAUACAGAACACAAAUAAGUUUGGUAACAUUUGUGCUGGCAUUGAUUUGUGCCAAGAUUAUAUUGGAUUUAGUUAGAAAGGACAACUUCCCUCCUGGACCAAGUGGCGUGCCUGUUUUAGGUUAUCUACCUUUUUUCGGUACUCACCCGCAUCUCACCUUUAAUAAACUAAGAGGGAAAUAUGGCGACAUCUUUAGUAUCAAAAUGGGCAGUUUCCCAGCCGUUGUAAUCAAUGGCAAGACGUUAAUUAAAGAGGCUUUGGUUACUAGAGGGGAUGAUUUUUCAGGUAGGCCAAAUUUCUUCCUCGCCUCACUAUUUGGAGAACAUAAGCUAAGUUUUGGACGUUUUUCAGAGAGUAGUAUACUGCACAAGAAGAUGGCAUACCACUGCUUGUAUGUCUUUGCAAAUUCCCGAAAAAAUCCCACCGAAGACAUGAUUUACGAGGAAGCAAAGAUAACAGUUUCAGAAUUUAACAAUAUGAACGGGAAACCCUUUUGCCCAACGAAAUUUCUCUAUGUUAGUGUUGGAAGUAUAAUUUUUCAAAUCUGUUUUGGAAAGCAUACAAAUAUUCGAGAAGAAGAUGAAACUUUUAAAACAUUUCUCAUAAAUAACCGUGAAUUUAUACAAUUUGCUGCAUCUGGAAAUCCUGUUGAUGUUAUGCCAUGGUUGAGAUACAUUAUGCCAUGGAAAGUCUCGACUAUGAUCAAAAUUGACGAACAAGUUAGGGAAAUCAGAAGUCAGAAAGUUGAAGAAAGUCUGAAGACCUACACACCGUCUAACCCGAGGCAUCUCGCAGAUGGAUUGAUUGCUGCCGUUAAAGAAGCCGAAGCUGACCCCUCAUCCGAUUUUACAGCUGAAAGGAUUUACUCGACUUUGGAUGACCUCUUGGCUGCUGGAUUCGAAACAGUAUCGAAUACUUUGAAUUGGGCCCUGCUAUUGCUAACAGCGCACCAAGAAGUUCAACGAAUGGUCCAUGAGGAAAUUGACGAUGUUUUAGGACAACGACAACCAAAGUUGGAAGAUAAAGCUGAAAUGCACUACUGCAUGGCAACAAUUAACGAAAUCCUGCGGUUUUCAAAUAUAGCACCGCUUUCCCUGCCCCAUGCAGCUACCAAGGAUACUGAGCUGAACGGUUAUAUCAUUCCAAAAGAUACUGUUGUCCUACCAAACAUGUACUCAAUCAGCCACGAUGAAAAGCUGUGGGGUGAUCCUUUUAAUUUUAGACCAGAACGAUUCCUUGAUGCUGAAGGAAAGCUGGAUAAUAACACCACAGACAAAUUCACGGCGUUUUCAAUGGGUAGACGUAAAUGUGUUGGUGAGUUUUUGGCACGCAUGGAACUGUUUCUAUUCUUCACAGGAAUAUUUCAGAAUUGUGCUUUUAGCAAGCCAGCUCAUAUCAAGGACUAUUCAUUUGAUAGCGUUGCCGGCCUCACUCUCUCCCCAGUUCCAUAUGAAAUUUGUGCUUCAAUGAGAGAAUAGAUCCAGUUUCAAACAAACUAUGUCAUAUCCUUAAAAUAUGGAGAAUCAUCAUUUUGAUAAGAUAUUAAUGUUAUA